AUGAAGAAAGCUAGCAAUGGAUCAAUCAACAGUUAUCAACUAGCCAUCGCGGCGAAUUUUGGACAAAAAGCAGUUUUAGAAGAUGAGGAUCACCAACCAGGUAACAAGAAACAGGCCCAAUCAAGAAAACAAAUCAUCAUUGGGGUAGCUUUUGUCAUAGCUAUAGCAGUGUGUACUGCUGGUGCAACUCAAUUCGGAAAGGAUUUAUACGAAGAAGGCAAUUUUACUUCUACAUCACUGGUAGCAUGGUCUUCAAGAUCCAUGGCUGUUUUUAUUUAUCCAGCAGUAUCCAUUUUCUAUACUUUUCGUGGGCAAAGUCAUCGAGAAACAUAUAAGCAAGCUUCCAAGAUUUUCGGGCAGCAUAGGCAUGGAGUUAUGUCUGCUUUUCUCAGACUAAUACCAAUAACUGCAUUGUCGACAGGUGCAACGUAUCUUAGCUUCUAUGCUUUGCGUUAUACCUCAUCAACGGACGUAACUGCCGUUUUCUCCGCCUCAGCAGCGAUAGUUUACGUGCUGUCUCUCUUGGUUUUGAAUGAGCCUUUUGUAGUUUUGCGGUUUUUGGCUGUAUUAAUGUCAGUAGCGGGUGUUGUGGUAAUAGCCUACUCUGAGGGAUUUGGAUCUUUUGGAGCAAUUGGAGUCAUUUUAGUAUCUGGAAGUGCAGCUUUUGCAGCUGUUUAUCGAGUGUUGACGAAAAAAGUUAUUGGAGAAGCAUCGUUAGCUCGAGCCAGCCUUUACUUAAGCGUAACGUGUUUUCAAGCUCUCAUCCUAUUUUGGAUCCCUAUUCCUAUUUUAUAUUUUACUGGUGUUGAAGAAAUUACCUUUUCUACUUUUCCAUGGACUGCAUUUUUCCUAUGCAUAUUUACCCUUUUUCUCUAUAGUAUACUUAUGAUUUUGGGUAUUAAUUUUACUUAUCCCAUCUAUAUGUCAAUGGGACCAUUGCUGGGAAUUCCCAUCAAUGCUGCUAUUGAUGUUUUAGUUCGAAAUCAAACUUUUUCAACGACUAAGAUUAUCGGAACUAUGCUAUUAAUUCUUGGCUUUCUAAUUUUAACGAUACCUCUAUCGAAUAUUCUAGCGAUAUCAAGUAAAACUAAGUUACUUUUAUGUAAGAAAAAGAAUUUAAAAUAA